UUGCGCAUCCAAACCUUACUGAAUCUGCAUUUUUGUUGUGCAUAUUUCCAAAACUGUUUGGAUGUUUCACUAGUUGUUUAGUGCGUAUGUGAUAAACAUCGCACGUUAUUAUUAUUACCGAGUCCACUACGUUCUGCUGACCAUCAUAAUCGCUAAUUUAAACACUGCUGCUGCAUCGUCAUAAAUAUUUUUGAAAAUAAGAUAAUAAGCAGGAUCAAUACCAACUAGAUGUUCAUGUUUGGCUUAGUCAAAAAUUUCCAAAAUACGUAGUAUUUUCCGAAAAAUAUUUCUAUCACAACACCAAGAACGUGAUCGAAUGGAUCAGCUUGUCGAUGAGGAAGGUUUGACGAUUGCAUUACAUUCAGAACAGCAGGAGUGCAUUCCAGUAGCGAAACUGGAACCAUGGAUCAACAUUAAUUAUGCCGAACCACUUGAUUGCGCUUCAGUAUCGUCCAUCGAGUCAAGGUUUGCCAACACAACGGAAUGCGAAGGCAGUGUGUUUUCCAUUGAUGAAAGUUCAAAUCAGCUACAGUAUGCCAGUCUCUGCUCUGCUAGUGCCAAUCUUUACUAUUCAAAUUUGUCUGCCAUGGAGCUGCAAGACCAGCCAACGGAAAAAGGGCUGACCUUUCAAGGAGAUAUACAACCGGCUUUUGUGGCCACGGAGGAGCUGAAUAGCCAGGUGUCCAAUCAAAGCCAGCCGAAAACUGAUCGGUCCAAUCAGCACACCGCAAAGCCGAAUGUCAACGUCACCGGGAAAUCCGACGACAGUGAAAAGCGUCCGACCCUUAGCUAUGUGGCUCUAAUAUUCAAAGCAAUUACGGAAUCUCCCGAGAAAAAGCUAGCCUUGAGUGAAAUUUAUACUUAUAUUACUAAACAUUAUCCUUAUUUCUGUGCCAACAAAAAAGGGUGGCAGAACAGCAUCAGGCACAAUCUGAGCCUCAAUGACUGCUUUAUUAAACUUCCGCGGGAGCCCGGUAUGGGAGAGCGUAAAGGCUGUUUCUGGGCAAUCGACCCAGCAGCAAUGGAUAUGUACAAAGACGGAAACUAUCAGAGACGUCGCAGAAUGAAGCGCACGGGUUAUCGGAUGAAUCACUCAAUUGCUGGUAUAGCCGACAUCUUAAUUCCAACACGCACACAUUUCGACAAUCCCAUUCCUUUCUCAUUCCCGCCAAAUGCCAGAACCGCUUUCCAAGUUUCCCAAGCAAAUUAUGCGUCCUAUGUCCAACACAAUUAUUCAAAGUUUAACUGCCCACCGGCAGCUACCGUGCAGAUUAAUCCAGGCACAUCGUUUCCGCCCAAUGCCCUUUCGGCGCAUGGCAACCGGACUGUUAUGACGAUGGGACUACCGCAAUCUCCCAAUAGUGCCUUUACACAGCACUGCAAUGCCGGCACUGUUUUCACUCCAAUCAAUCCGGGCAACCAGAUGAACGUUCUACAGUCGUGGGCCAAUCUCAACUCUGGACUGCAGCCAUUUGGACCUUUGACUAAUUUCUACGCCACACAUACCGGUCAACCGGCGCAAACUGGCACUGGUCAUUCGAUGGUCGCGUUACCGCGGACAUUGCCGGUAUCCACAAAUGUCUCGCGAUUUCAGUAUCCUGUUCUGAACAACAGUUCGUUCCCUAGACCGCGUGUGAGUCCGUUAUACUCCUGAAAUCCUAAACCUUCCUUAUGACACUGCAUAAAACCGAUCUAAAUUCGAAAACUAACAAAAAAAUCUGUUGUUUGGUUGAUAUCCGGUCUAAUCCGUGCCUUUGUGCUAGUGACUGUUCGAUUCGACUCUUAGUUUUAACAAGACAUAAGUUCUAACGGUUUUAUGCGGGUGGAGGCAUGCAUCACCGGUCAUAAUUCACUUUAUUUCUUAUUGUUGCGGCAAAUUCUGGGAUUGCGGACGACGUAGUUGAUUCCAGACAAUUAUUUACUAAUCUGUAAUAUUAAUCUGCAAACUAUUUUCAGUAUGUUCUCUCACGCCUUUAGCAUCAAAGCAGAGUAACUGCAAUAGAGGCUGUAAAUGUGAUUACAUUACUGUACUGUAAAUGCCGGGA